AGUUUCAGAAAUUCAGUCAUGGUGAAAUUAUUCGUAGGUGGUUUACCAGAUGGCGUUGACUCAAUGCGACUUCGACAGCUUUUUUCGCAAUUCGUUGUAGUUAACGAAUGUGAUGUGAUCAAGGAUUACGCUUUUGUUCACGUACCGGAGGAGUCCGAUGCUCGAACAGCUAUUGAGAAGUUGGAUGGCUACAUUCUAGAAGGAAAAGCAAUUAAUAUACGAAGGUCGACGUCGAAGUUGCGAAAAGAACCGGGAAUGGAUAAACGUUGUUAUCGAUGUGGAGCAGUUGACCACAAAACUCCGCAGUGUCCAAGCGAUCCUGCAAAUGUUAAUUUGAAACGGGCAGCUAAUGCAGGCUGUUUGGGUGGCCCAGAACAGAAACGUUUCGUUGUGGAUGGAGUCGUUGCCGGAGAAUCUCCAUCUUAUUUACCAGGACAUGAUGCUAAUGCACCCGGUGCAUUUGCAUAUGCUGUAGGUUCGGGUGCUGCUGGAGCACGGAUUGAUCCAGACCCUGAAUUACCGCGACCUUUAGACAGUGACUUAUUUCCACUAUAUGAGCAGUAUAUCGAGUCACGAACGAAAUAUUUCUAUUUUCGAGAUCGACUGACGAAAGAAGUGAAAGCUCGAGCCCAUGCAUUACCGUCAAUAUCAGUUGCACCGCUCCAGGCUCCAUAUGCUAACAACAAUAUUUACAGUACUCCCCCGCCAACGGCUCUACAGUAUACAGUGCAACAGAAUUCAUCACUAGGAUCGACUUCAGCGGCAACAGUGACUUAUCCUUCAACAACGGGAGCAUCACAUUUUUAUGCUAAUGCGGUGAAUACCAGUACUACAGGAACAGCUUACCCUAUUGUACAGCUUCUUUCUCAGCCAACUCGUUUGUACUAACCAA